AUGGGUAAAAAUAAAAGGCAUCGCAAAGCAAACCCCUCUAAACGAAAUAGGGACGUAGACAACAGAGAUAAGAGACAGCAAGGUCAGGGCGAAGCCCAAUUCGAUAAACUUGUAAAAAAUAAUGCUGCCUUCGAAAAGUAUUACCAGGCUCAGAAUCUCAUGCCAUCUGACGAGUUUGAACAAUUUUUGGAAACGCUACGAUUAACUCUUCCCGCAUCAUUCAGAAUUACUGCGAGUCGAAGAUAUGCAGUUGAGAUUCUUAAAGUUAUUAAAAAUGUAUUCGUCCCCAAGUUGACCAAUAUUGUCUAUAACGAUGGGCAGGUCUUCAAAGCUCCUGAACCACUUCAUUGGUAUCCAGAUGAAUUUGCCUGGCAACAUACAGUCUCCAGGAAUAUGCUUAAGAAGGCGUCUGAAUUUGCAGAAUUUCAUUCAUGGCUAGUUACUGAGACUGGAGUAGGAAAUAUAUCCCGUCAAGAGGCAGUCAGCAUGAUUCCUCCAUUGCUUUUGGAUGUUAAGCCAGAACACUGGGUACUUGAUAUGUGUGCAGCUCCUGGGUCAAAAACAGCUCAAUUGAUGGAGGCUAUACACGCCAACGAUACAUUAUCAAGAGAUAUCCCUGCUGGGCUUGUAGUAGCAAACGAUGUCGAUUCAAAGAGAGCUUACACGCUGGUGCAUCAGACAAAGAGACUGAGAAGUCCCUGUUUGGUUGUAACUAAUCACGAGGCAUCUUCAUUUCCAGGGAUAUACGUUAAACAGGCUGAUGACGAAAAACCAAAACCUAUACAAUUCGACAGAGUAUUGGCCGACGUUCCUUGCAGUGGUGAUGGGACCUUGAGAAAGAACGUCCUUUUGUGGAAGAAAUGGAGUGUAGUUAGCGGAAUAGGUCUCCACAGAAUGCAAGUAAAAAUACUUGCACGUGGUGCACAACUCGUUAAAGUGGGCGGAAGACUUGUAUAUUCCACAUGUUCAUUUAAUCCCGUAGAAAAUGAGGCAGUCGUUGCAGAAGUUCUAAGACGUUGUAAAGGCAGUCUUAGACUUGUAGAUGUAUCAGAUCAGCUGCCAUUGCUCAAACGUGCGCCAGGAUUAAGUACGUGGAAAGUUAUGAAUAAAGUCGGUAAAUUCUUAAGUAAAUGGGAAGACGCACAUCCAUCUUAUCGCGGGAAAUUCGAAAGGUCGCUUUGGCCUCCCCCAAACGUCGAUGAACUUCACUUAGAUAGAUGUAUAAGGGUCUAUCCACACUAUCAGAACACAGGCGGAUUCUUUAUAGCCGUUUUUGAAAAGACUGGGCCAAUAACUGAUGUGACAACAAAGAGUGAUGACAAACAUAUGGAGAAUGAAAAGGAGGAAACCGUAUCUUUUUCGGGGGAAACUACAUCCGUUCCAGAGGACAUGUCGGCUGCUCCAGAAGAAAUCGAAAACGAUAAUAUUGCUGAUUACGAACUUAUUGAAAUUGGAGAAAGUGACUUAAUUAGUUCAACUGAUAUAACUGACUCGAAUGAUCCAGCCGAGAUACCUGAUGUAGAGGACGAGACACUACCUCAGAAGCGGGUUAAUGCUGAUAGCAGCGAUAUUCACAAUAAACGACUAAAGGUCGAUAAUAUUCAGACCUCCAAGCAAACUGAAAAAUCAACAAAUCAAAAUGAUAGCAAAGGCCAAAAGAGAGGGAAAUCUGGCAUCUCAUAUGAAGAACAGUUUAUCUUUCUUGAACCUGACAACGAAGAUCUUUCCGUUAUUAAAUCUUAUUACUCCUUGUCUCCAGAAUUCCCAUCACAUCUGUUCUUAGUCCGUUCGGAAAAUGCAAAGAACCGAACCCUUUACUUUGUCUCACUAUCUGUCAGAUCGUUGCUGACGUCUCCUGACGCAUCUCGAUUGCGAGUAAUCAACACCGGUCUACGUGUAUUGACAAAGCAAGAUGUUCCGGAAGAGGUUAAAUGUAGUUAUAGAUUGCAUUCUGAAGGAGUAGCAGUGAUUGCUCCCUGGAUGGAAGGAGAAGAAAGGGUUGUGAGAGGAGAAAUGGAAGACUUGGAAGUAUUGUUGAGUGAGCAGACACCCCGUUUUGAGAAGUUUAGAGACGAGAUGAAAGAAAAGCUUUUGGCUAUAGAGCAAGGAUGCAUUCUGUUUAUUGUAUUAGCUCCUUUACAAGCAUCGACUUCGACCGUUCCUUUACCUCCGAUUAUUCUUCCCAUAUGGCGCGGUAGAUCCUCGUUGAAUUUGUUGUACAAGAAGGAAGAAAGACAUGCGCUAGAACUUAGAAUUCAAAAUUAUAUGGGAAAACCAAUUGGCAAUAAGGCAGAUCCAAAAAAAGCCGAUGAUCAAAAUUCAUCGAUUGAAUGUAAGGAAGUAGAGCGUAAUACUGCUGAUGAGCAAGUGAAAAAAGACACUGUUGAACCAUGA